CUACUUUAAUGACAGUUCAGCUCAGUUCCCUUAAGAGCAAUGCAGUUAAAGCACUUUCUUCUAAUGAUGCCAGCUUAGCAGCAAGCAGCAGGUGGAAGAAUCCAGAGUCGAACAUGUGUUGAAGGAUAGAGACUGGAUACAGAGCCUCAGUCAAGGUGCCGGCAUUCAUUGUGUGUUUUCAUGUUUAGACUGAGCCAACUAACAAGGAAAAUCCAUGGAGCAUAAUCACAUUUUCAACACCGACAGUCCCCUACCCUCCCAUGAUGGGGAGCACGCUUGUGGUUUGGAAUAUGUACGUGUUGCCUACUACAGUCUUCUGCUGUGCUUAGGUUUACCAGCUAACAUCCUGACCGUAAUCAUCCUCUCGCGAUUGGUGGCUCGGAGACAGAAGUCCUCCUACAAUUAUCUCCUGGCACUAGCUGCUGCUGAUAUACUUGUCCUUUUCUUCAUUGUUUUUCUCGAUUUUCUGCUCGAAGACUUCAUGCUGGGUCGUCAGCUCCCUCACAUACUGGACAAAAUAAUUGGAGUCCUAGAAUUCUCUUCCAACCACACAUCGAUUUGGAUAACUGUCCCUUUGACCAUUGAUAGAUACAUUGCUGUAUGUCACCCACUGAAGUACCAUACUGUGUCAUAUCCUGCACGUACUCGGAAGGUGAUAUUGAGUGUGUACAUCAUUUGCUUCUUGACCAGUGUACCAUAUUACUGGUGGCCCAACAUCUGGAGUGAAAGUUAUACAAGUACUUCCAUGCAUCAGAUCCUGAUCUGGGUCCACUGUUUUACUGUAUACUUGGUGCCAUGUUCCAUUUUCUUUGUUCUGAAUUCAAUUAUUAUUCACAAACUUAAGAGGAAAAGUCAUUUUCGCAUGAGGGGCUACUCUACAGGGAAGACAACAGCUAUUUUGCUCACAAUUACCACCAUAUUUGCAAUACUCUGGGCACCAAGAAUGGUGAUGAUCCUCUAUUAUGUCUAUGUUUCACCAAUAAAUAAUGGCUGGUUAGUGCACCUAGUGUCAGACAUCGCUAAUAUGCUUGCUUUACUCAACACUGCCAUUAACUUCUUCCUUUAUUGCUUUAUCAGUAAACGGUUCCGUACUAUGGCAGCUGGGACAUUGAAGGCUUUCAUUAAGUGUCAGAAACAGCCAGUGCACUUUUAUACAAACCAUAACUUUUCCAUCACCAGCAGCCCAUGGAUCUCUCCAGCCAAUUCCCAUUGCAUCAAGAUGCUUGUGUAUCAAUAUGAUAAGGAUGGCAAACCACUAAAGAUAUCGCCAUGAACUGGAAAUCUAUUACCUAAGUGGGGAAACAUUAUUUGAAGGUCACAAUGUCUGAUCUGUUAAUGUUCAAACAAUUGUAUAUUAGUUAAUGCCUACUUUGUCCAUCAAUUUAUGGUGAUGUUACUCACCAGUCAGAUGGUACUUAGCAGAUUGACAGUGAUGUGCAAGUUUCAGUGGGAUCUUUCAAUGUAAAAUGGAACAAAGCCUGAUAUGUGGAUGGGGUGGUGAAAACUCACCCACAAGGAUGACAAAUUGCAAAAAAAAUUGCAGUGCUUGAUUUACAAUCACUUAUACCAAAACAUUGUAUACUAAUUGAUCUAGUCAAUCAAUUAGAUUGAUUCUCUAAUCAAUAAUAUUCCUUAAGAGUCCUGAAGAAUUUUCUAAUAUAAAUUCUGUUGAGUGGAAGGACAAUAUUUGCAUUUUAGUAUCUAAUUCAGUAGGAUUCUGUGCUACAAAUAUAUAGGUGAGUGUUUUCUGCAAUGAUACAUGGGUCUAUUUAAUUUAUCCUGAUUGUGAAUCAUUUAAAGAUAUAUUCAGGUGAAACAUUGGAAUACAUUUAACCUCUUUGUUGCUUGGUAUGUUAUAAUCAGAAUUUUGAAAAACAUUUUUCCCACAAAUUCAGAGGAAUUAGAAUUUGAAUUUCCAUUUAAAGGUUUAUAAUUAUAAAAUGAGUGGCCAUAAAUGGAAUGUAUUAUUGUUUCUGUUCCAAAAGGUAAAGCUAAUUAAAAGAUACAGUCCACAAGCUCUUCAUUGUGCACAUUGCUAUAAGUUAUGAAAUCUUUGUUUCGCCAAGAGAAACAUCGUCAGUUCCACAGAAUGUAUGCAAUAAUUGUAUGGACCUUAUUACUAGAAACAAAGAGAUUGCUAAUGUUCGGGGUUCCUGAAUAUAUGAACUUAUUGAACUUUGCAAAGCAACCACUAAGAAACAAUUUGCCCACAAACUCAAAUUACUUUUGGAGGUCUUGAAACAUGUUUGUUCUAUGAAUGGCACUUCAGAUGUUUGCUGUGUAAUUGUGUGCUACUAACAACAUUGUUAAGAAUGAUAGUACAACACAUUUUUUAAAGUCGACAACAAAAGAAUUUCACAGUAGUUCCAGCCCAUGCUCCAACAGGUUUAUCUCUCCUCAUUUAUAUGUCUGUUCAGUAAUCACAGUUUUCUAAAGUUGAAAUCGUGCAGGAGAAGUUUGUUUUUCACGACUAUAGCUGACAUUAGGUUCAUAUUCUGUUAUUCCUCAUUUGAAACAGCCAGCUGAUAGAAUUAGAAUUUUAAAGAAACUUGUUUGUUACAAAGUAAGUAAUGGUUGUAUUGUGAAUGCACUGUGAUUGUUAAAUAAUAUUAUUCAUGCUUCUAAUACUUUGCACAAUAAAGUUUUAAAAAUGCUAGCUGACAGAUUUUGUAUAUCAAGGAAUUGUUAAAUUUUCACUCAUGGGCUAAUAUUAGAUUAAAUGUUUCUUACUGCCUUCAAAUCAUCAGGGUUACUUUGGUCUAUGCCAACAAUGCCAAGUGGUCUCAUAGGAUCAUAGAAAUUUACAUUUCAACUCACUGUAUCUUUACAGGCUCCAGAAAGAGUUACACAGCUAGUCCUACUCCCCAACCCUAUCUCUGUAGCCCUCUAAAUUCACCCCUUUCAAAUAUAUCUCCAGCUCUCUUCUGAAACAUCCGAUGGAAUCUGCCUCCCCCACACUCCCAGGCAGCACAUUCCAAAUCCUAACAACUCUCUGAGUAAAGAUGUUUCUCCUCAGCUCACUCCUAGCUCUCUUGCUGACAAUCUUGAAUUUGUGACUCCUAGUUACUGACAUACUAACUUUUGGAAACAGAAUCUCUUUCUUUACCCUGUUAAAAUUGUUCAUAAUUAUGAACAUCUCAGUAAGGUCACCUCUUAAUCUUCUUUUCUCAAAGGACACUAAUCCCAGUCUCUCUCAUCUUUCCUUGUAUCUAAAAUCCCUCAUUCCUGGUAUAAUUCUAAUAAAUCUUCUUCGCACUCUCUCCAGGGCUUU